AUGCUGACAGCUCGUCCAUUAUGGAGCCAUCUUCUUCCCGGUAGAUUGUUUCGGACGACAGGAGCGGAGAACAACUUUGGCAGCUUCCGGCAGCCUGAGCUCACCGAAAGGUUUGAGCUCGGUGUAUGGUUGUCUGUCAGGCAGACUGAUUCCGUCUCCCUUUUGCUAGGCCCUUUUGCUUCUGGCGCGACUUUGUGUGAAACUUUGAGCAUCGUUCAUCUCGAUAGCUUCGCCCUUGCGCUCUUUUCACGCGACCUCGAUUGCAUGUUUACAAACAAUGGCGUCAUGUGCUAUGCAGUUCGUUGCAUGAUGCAGGACGCGGAAUACGGAAUGGGACGCUGCUGCUUGCAACUUGAAAUGCACGUCUUGGACUCAUCCUACGCCUAUGUCUUUGAAAAUGUACAUGUUAUACAGUAG